CUUGGCAGCUAGAUUAUAAGCAAGUCGACCGCCCAGGAAAUUAUCAAGACAGGAUUUGUUCAAUCUGCAUGGUGGAAUUUGCCAUUCGAUUAUUCCUGCGAAGAUGGCUCGCUUUACUAUCGUUCUGAUCUUGGCAGCACAUCUUUCAUGCACGCCCCUGACGGCCGCAGACACUUCAAUAACCAUUAACCCGGCGUCAAAAUACGGCACCUGGGAGGGUUGGGGCACCUCGCUCGCGUGGUGGGCUAAGAAGUUCGGAACCAGGGAUGAUCUAGCUGACAUCUUCUUCACGACCAAGUCAACACAGCUCAGCGGCAAAUCCCUACCAGGUCUCGGCCUCACCAUCAUUCGUUACAAUGCGGGUGCCGUGAGCACAAAUACCGUGGACGGCACCUCCAUCGCUAUCUCAUCGACGAUGAAGGCGUCGCGUGAGAUGGAAGGAUUCUGGAUCGACUGGAUGAGCGGCGACCCGGCCUCGUCGAGUUGGAAUUGGUCCGUCGACGCCAAUCAACGCGCUAUGAUGACCAAGGCCAAAUCUCGCGACGCGACGAAAUUCGAGCUCUUCUCCAACUCGCCCAUGUGGUGGAUGCUCAAGAACAAGAACCCGGCCGGGGCCAACGACGGAGGCAACAACCUGCAGUCGUGGAACGUGGACAACCACACGGCCUAUCUGGCCACCAUCGCCGAGUAUUCCCAAAAGAACUGGGGUAUCACCUUCGAAUCCAUCGAGCCGUUCAAUGAACCUGCGGCCAACUGGUGGAAAGCCAGCACCGGCACCCAGGAGGGUUGCCACUUCGAAGUAAGCUCUCAGCCUGAGAUCAUCACUUCCCUUCGCAACGAGCUCGACAGCCGCGGGUUAUCAUUCACCAUCAUCGCCGCCUCCGACGAGAACACGUACGACCAGGCUGUGACCACAUACAAGGGUCUCAGCAGCGUCAACAGCAAGAUCGGGCGGAUCAACGUGCACGGAUACCAAUACGGCAACGGCGCUCGCGACACGCUGUACGGCCUUGCGUCCAAGGCUGGCCAGAAGCUAUGGAACAGCGAGUACGGUGAGAGCGACAGCACGGGAGAGCAACUUGUUAGCAACUUGAUUCUUGAUUUCCGCUGGUUGCAUCCCACGGCUUGGAUUUAUUGGCAGGUUCUCGACGGUGGAGGCUGGGGUGUUAUCGAUGCUGACAAUGAUGCCGGGACCGUUGGCGCCGCGAACCAGAAGUACUUCGUCCUGGCUCAAUUCACACGCCACAUCCGGCCGGGCAUGACCAUUCUUGAUGGCGGGUCUGACAAUGUGGUGGCUGCUUAUGAUGCUACCAACAAGAGGCUGGUGGUCGUCGCAGUCAACUGGGGGAAUGCCCAAUACCUGGGUUUCGAUCUGUCCAAGUUCUCCGGGAAGCCUGAGAAUGGAAAUACUGUGCGCCGAUGGCAGACCAUGAUUGGAAGUGGGGAACAGUAUGUGGCGAAGGCCGCUGAUACCAAGAUCAAUGGCACCAGCUUCUGGUCGUACUUUGACAAUAACUUGAUCCAGACGUUUGAGGUUGACGGUGUGACUCUGUAG